GCGGUCACGAUAAGAUGGGUUCAACAGAACGAUCGUUAAGCCGAGUGAUGCUGUUAACGGUGGUGUUGCUAGCGAUCGGUCCGGUAGGAAAUCGGUUUGCACACGGUGCUAACAUUCUCUGCCUGAUGGCGGUUCCCAGCCCGAGCCAUCACAUCUGGAACCGUGUGCUGGUGGAUGCGCUUGCAGCUCAAGGUCACAACCUUACGGUCGUGUCACCGGACAUUGAGCUGAAACCCAAGCCGAACGUUACGUACAUCCAUCUGGAGAAAACGUACGACGCGAUCCACGAGGGUGCCACAGCGAUCGAUUUCUACGAGAUGGGACAGGCGGGCAUACUGGAGAGUAUGAAGAUAUUCUACGACUACGCGAUCUCCAUGUGUAUCGGUAUACUGGAUUCUAAAGGAUAUCAGACAAUCAUGAACUACCCGAGUGAUUACAAGUUCGAUCUGGUGGUGUACGAUUUUACCUGUGGACCGUGUCUGCUCGCCGUGUAUCACAGAUUUGGUCAACUUCCGAUGGUUGGUGUGACGGGAUUCAAUACACCACCGUACACGACGGAUCUGAUCGGCGGCCACAAGUACUACGCCUAUGUGCCAUACUACACGCUGGACUACGAUAGCAACAUGAACUUUUUCCAGCGCUUCUACAAUGCGGCUAUCCAUUGGAUUGAUUACUUCUACCGGAACUAUGUGUUUCUUCCCGAAACGGAUCGUCUUGUUCGGGAACACGAAAAAGUGAAAGAUCUCCCCUACUUAGGUACUCUCGAUCAGAAAAUGAUGCUAAUGCUGGUGAACUCACAUCAUUCGGUCGAUUUUCCGGAACCAAUUCCGCAAAACAUGAUCCAGGUCGGAGGGUUACAGAUCAUACCUCCCAAACCGCUGCCGGAUGAUAUAGAACGGUUCAUCAGUGCCGGUAGGAAAGGUUCGGUUCUGUUUUCGCUUGGGACGAACGUGCUCAGCAAAGAUCUCGGCCCGGAGCGCAUCAAAGCGUUCCUGCAAGCAUUCCAGCAAAUGCCGGCCUAUAACUUCCUCUGGAAGUUUGAAACCGACCUGCCGUACGAUCUGCCACAGAACGUCAUGAUCAAAAAGUUCUUGCCGCAGAACGAUAUACUUGCUCACCCCCACAUUAAGGGUUUCAUGACGCACGGUGGUCUGCUCAGUACACACGAGGCAACCUGGCACGGUGUACCGAUGAUCGGAUUUCCGGUGAUCGCCGAUCAGUAUCGGAACCUCGCUAAAUCAAUUCGUGCCGGUGUGGCUGAGAAAGUUAGUCUUUGGGAAUUGAGCGCCGACAAAAUUCGCAAUACAGUGCUGAAGGUACUGGAGUCCCCACAGUACAGGGAAGCAAUCAAAGAGCGAUCGGGACUAUUUCGCGACCAACCGGAAACCCCUCUGGAGCGUGGAGUAUGGUGGGUGGAAUGGGCAUUGCGACAUCCAAAUGCGAAAACUAUCCAAUCACCGACACUGCUGCUAGGCCCGUGGAGAAGUGAAUUGUACGACGUUAAGCUCUGUCUUGUGCUCGCUGUACUGCUCGUAUUCUACUUACUACAUAAAGCGGGUAAAGCUUUAUUUGCUAAAUCAUCUCAGCCCGGUAAAUCGAAGAAACUUCCGGUGAUGCUCGUUAUAGUGGUACUGUUUUUACUGCAAAGCUCACGAGAGCUUGUCAGAGGUGCAAACAUUCUGUGCCUAACUCCAGUCCCUAGCCCUAGCCAUCACAUAUGGAAUCGCGUCUGGAUCGAAGCACUUGCCGGAAGAGGGCACAACCUGACGGUAGUGUCCGCAGACGUAGAGUAUACGGCAGCACCCAACAUUACGUACAUUCACCUAGAGCAUGCCUACUCGGAUCUGCACGAUCAUCUCGACCUGUUCCAAAUGGCAAACAGUGACGCAUUGAUGGGAAUCAAAGAUCUCUACACCUGGGGUACGGCCAUGUGCAAAGGAGUGCUGCGCUCGAAGGGCCUUCAAGUGAUUCAAUCGUAUCCGGAUGAUUUCCAGUUCGAUCUCGUCAUUGCGGACAUCACCUGUGGCCCCUGUCUCUUUCCACUGAUGCACAAGUUCCACUAUCCUCCGCUGAUUGGUGUGACGGCGUACAAUAAUCCACAGUUUACGACGGAUUUCGUUGGUGGACACAAACAUUACGCGUACGUACCAUUCUUUACCGUGAACUACGAUUCUGACAUGCACUUCCUGCAGCGGUUCUACAACUGGUUGUUACACAAUGUGGAUCACAUCUAUCGUCAUCACAUCUUUCUGCCAAGAAUAGAACAGAUGGUGCGGAAUCACUUCCGCUACCGAGGCAUGCUUUCUUUGGAUCAAAUGGAGCACAACACUUUUCUGCUGCUAGCCAAUUUCCACUACUCGGUCGAUUUUGCAGAAUCGCUUCCACCGAGCCACAUUCCGGUCGGUGGACUUCAAGUGCUUCCUCCCAAACGACUACCAGUCGAGCUAGCCACCUUUACAACCGCUGGGCGGAAAGGAUCAGUGCUAUUUUCGCUCGGGACCAACGUGAGAAGUGCAGACUUGGGAGAAGAUCGUAUCAGAAUGUUUCUUGAAGUGUUUCGCCAUCUGGCGGAAUAUAACUUUAUAUGGAAAUUUGAAGAAACGCCAUCGUUUGACGUACCCACCAAUGUGUUGAUAAGAAAAUUUCUUCCACAAAACGAUAUGCUAGCUCACACGAAUAUUAAAGCCUUCAUCACACAUGGUGGCAUGCUGAGUACUCAUGAGGCAACUUGGCACGGAGUGCCCAUGGUUGGAAUUCCCUUCAUUUGCGAUCAGUACCGGAAUUUACACAAAUCAGUAGCUGCUGGUGUUGCGAUACGGCUAGAGCAUAAUUCAUUAACCAAGGACAACAUCCAAGCUGCACUCCAGGAGAUACUCACCAAUUCCAGCUAUCGAGACCGCAUGAAGCACCGGUCUGCAUUGCUUCGUGAUCAACCAGAACACCCACUCGAUCGAGCCGUAUGGUGGAUCGAGUGGGCACUACGGCAUCCAAAUGUCAAAGCAAUUCAGUCCCCUACAAAGCAAAUGUCUGUCUGGCAGUACGAGCUGUACGAUGUAAAGCUGACACUGAUACUACUGAUAGCACUAACGAUGUAUUACGCUAAACGCCUAUUUGCACGAGCAAAUGGCACACGCGCCAAUCGGAACGAUCAAACAAGCAAGAAAAGAGACUAG